AUGGGGAUGUUCAGGUUGCAAAAGUAUUUACUGUGGUUUUUGAGUCUAACUGGCGUCAUGCUGUUUCCAAACCUACUAACCACGGAACAAGUGCUCAGACACAGAUGGUACUAUUUCGGCUACGUAAUUGUAGUGCAAUCCGUUUUCAUUUCGAUCGGCUUGACGAUGCUCUUUAUCCCAUUCAUAAUGCAGUUCCCUGUUGACCUUGACAAAACAUCUACAUUCGUGUUGAUUGUCGGCUAUUGCCAUUGGCACAUCAUUCUGGCGUCAAUGGCAAUGCAUAGCGUGCUGAACAUGAAGAAGUUAAAAAGUUUUUACGAUAUUUUGCAAAAUAUUGAAGACCAAAGUGAACCAUACCUGCCCCGUACUUUAUUUGGUAUCAAUUUAGCGAUGACAGUAUCGAUAGUUUUGAGAUUUGGUGCACUUUUUUGGGUUGAUUCGUUUCCUGUUUUAAGUUUAAUAAACUGGACCAAUGACGCCAUCCAGUUCGCGGUGUUUGAUCUGUACAAUUUUCACGUAAUUUGUCUUGUUUGGAGUAUAAGAAAACACUGCAAUCAUCUAAAUAGCCGAUUAGGUGAUGUUCUGAAAUUUGGCAGUUAUCAGCAGAUUAUCGAUGCACUGAGAGCAACUGACUCUAUUUAUGCGCUGCUGCAGGCGUUCAAUAGCUACUAUGGAACGUUUAUGUUGAAGAUGUGUAUGACCGUUUUCGUCAGAAGCUGCUUGGCUUUCUAUUUCAUGUUUCUGGCAUCCAGAGACUGGGCCUUCGUGAUCGCAGUUUCGGUAACCUUGUUCAUGUACACCUGGUGGCACUGCGCUGUUGUAUGCGGCAUGUUUAGCAUUUGCAGAAGUACAACAACGGUGAUUAAUGAAACCGUAUUGAGCUUGCGCUUUUUCCAAGAGUGUAAUAUUGUGGAUAGCAAAAUUACUUAUCAAAUGAAUCGUUUUAUGCUGAAAACUCUUCAUAAACAGGCGGCAUUUCGUGUCAGCGGAUGUAUCGAUGUAAAUGGGAAAACUAUACAUCUGAUUUUUGGAUCUGUAAUAACCUUUUUGAUUAUCCUAAUCCAAUUCAAAAAUCUCGAUGACUAG